GCUUGGCACAAUUAUCUUGUCAUACGACACCAGAGCAAUACUGGACAGUCUCCAGUGGUUCGCAGAAAACAAGAGGCUGAUAUGUAGCAAGGCUUCAUGCAGAUAACUGUAUGUUACACAGCGACGGGGGGAAGAGCGGAAGCCUGCAGAAAGCGCCGAAAAUGCAUUGUCCUGAGACGCGCCGCUCACCCGUGAAUCCAACUGAUCCUGCCUGUCCAGCGCCUAUUGCUCACGUUCGGUGCAACGGCUCGCUUACCAAGAGCUCUGGUAAGCCACUGCACCGAAGUCAGCGACACGACAUCAUUGAGAAAGGUGCACCCUCAAGAUCAUGAUCAACCGAUCUUCCGUUCAAGGCCAAUGCAUGGUAAUCAGUCAGCAUCGAGUAUUGACCAUCAGCACUCAAACAAGAAGCACACUUUGCUCGCUUACAAAGUCUCCAGUUGCUCAGGGCACCACUCUAAGGGUAUCGUGAAGACCAAUUCCGAUGCAGCAGGCUAUGCUUUGCGAAACUUAUUAUUAGGUGUGGUUGAACCAUGGACUUAGCUCCCCUUGGCGUUUCGCAUGUUGUCAACGUCGCCUACUGCUG